UUAAUGUAAAUUAACUCCGAACUGUGAUAUAAGCACUCGUCGCAAGUAUGUUAUCAAAGAGCAGAUUUUUUCUCCAGAAACAAUGCGCUUUCCGGCGAUUUGUUCACGUGGAAAGUGCAAAUGUAAUCCAAACAAAGUGCGAGUUCAACUCGCCAAACUUCAAAGAGAAUUAUGCGCAUAUGUCCAAACUUGUUAAUGAAUUGAAAGAUCGUUCUCAAACUUUACUUCAAGGAGGUGGCCAGAAAGCUGUACAGAGACAUACAGCAAAAGGCAAAUUAUUGGCUCGAGAGAGAAUCAACAAGUUGGUAGAUAAGAAUAGUGCCUUUUUGGAACUCUCUUCAUUUGCUGCAUAUGAUAUGUAUAAUGACAACAUCAACUGUGCUGGAAUUAUUACUGGCAUUGGCAGAGUACAUGGCAGAGAAUGUAUGAUCAUAGCUAAUGAUGCAACAGUCAAAGGUGGCACCUAUUAUCCAAUGACCAUCAAAAAACAAUUAAGAGCUCAAGAAAUUGCCGAAGAGAAUCAAUUACCAUGUCUUUAUUUAGUUGACAGUGGUGGUGCCUUCUUACCUCAUCAGUCUGAUGUAUUUCCUGAUAAAAAUCACUUUGGAAGAAGCUUUUAUAAUGAAGCAAACAUGUCUGCAAAAGGAAUCGCACAGAUUGCUAUAGUUCUAGGGUCUUGCACUGCAGGUGGUGCUUAUGUUCCAGCAAUGGCUGAUGAGUCAGUCAUUGUACGAAAACACGGCACUAUAUUCCUCGCUGGGCCUCCCUUGGUCAAGGCUGCAACUGGUGAAGAAGUUACAGCUGAAGAAUUAGGUGGUGCUGAUAUGCACUGUAGCACUUCAGGAGUAACGGAUCAUUAUGCCCUUGACGAUGAACAUGCGCUUGUUCUCGCUCGUAACAUCGUGAAAAACUUGAAUAAGAAGUCAAGCACUAGUUUCAAUGAACCAUAUGAGGAACCACUGUAUAACAGUGAAGAAUUGUAUGGGUUGAUUCAUGGUGAUCCAUUUAAGCCAUUUGAUGUACGUGAAGUCAUCGCUCGAAUUUUCGACGGGUCGAAGUUUGAUGAGUUUAAAAAGCGAUAUGGUGAAACCCUAGUAUGUGGUUUUGCUAAGUUGUAUGGGAAAACAGUAGGAAUUGUUGGGAACAAUGGUGUUUUGUUUUCGGAAAGUGCUAUCAAGGGCGCGCAUUUCAUUCAAUUAUGCUCACAACGAAAUAUUCCAUUGAUUUUCUUGCAAAAUAUUACAGGAUUUAUGGUUGGUAAGCAGGCUGAGACCGGUGGAAUAGCCAAAAACGGUGCGAAACUGGUGACGGCUGUUGCGUGCGCUAAAGUUCCUAAACUAACAUUAAUCAUUGGAGGUUCAUAUGGAGCAGGAAACUACGGUAUGUGUGGGAGGUCGUAUUCGCCAAGGUUCCUUUAUAUGUGGCCGAACUCAAAAAUAGCAGUUAUGGGUGGUCCACAAGCUGCUGGUGUUUUAUCUCAAGUUGCGCGUAAAGGUAAAGGUAAAAACUGGUCCGAAAAAGAUGUCGCCGAAUUUGAAAAGCCAAUCAUUGAUCAGUUUGAAAGAGAGAGCUCAGCCUAUUACAGCUCUGCUAGGAUAUGGGAUGAUGGUAUUAUUGAUCCUAAAGACACCAGAAAAGUGUUAGGUCUUAGCCUUGCCACUGCUCUUAACAGUCCACCUGAAGAUACUAAGUUUGGUGUCUUCAGAAUGUAACUUGCCAUUAUUUUUUACUGGUUUUACAAAAUGUAAAGUAAAGAAUGUAUUGUUUUAAUUGUUUUAAAGAAAAUAUAACUAUCUUACAUAUCA